GUUAGGACAGUAGGCUAGUCGUCUCAUCAGGCCAUCUUUGCCCAUCACUCACCCAUCCAUCGCGCCCCCUUCAGAACUAGCUAAGAACCAACUAAUCAAUUCCAUGGCCCCAAAUCUCCUACCACCGUUAGGCUAUGUGACCUUGUAGGGAGCGUGUCGAAGUGUCGACGGUCGACGAUCCUGUAGCGAUGGAAGCGCCAAUAAGCGCUGCAAUAUUAUGGCAGCCAGUGGAAUGGAACGCUCGGUAAAGUCCUUUUUCCUUCGUUUUCUACUACGCUACGAUCGCUUCUGAAGUAUUCUUCAGACCACACAGGCAAAGGCCCCGCAACAAACCGCAGACCAUGACCAGCUGUGUGGCCCCCCCCCGUCUUCUCGCGCGCGAUCCUCGAUGUCUGUCUGUCUGUCUGGCUGUCUGGCUGUCUGUCUGUUUCUCUCUAGUGUCUAGCUCUACAUAUCGCCAUCGGAUUGUGUGAACCCUGCCCCCGUAUAAUUAGUGUAGACAUCUAUUUUUAAACAUUGUAAGCAGUGGGAGUCAGCAGCAGCUAGCUAACAACCUUCUCAGUCGCCUUCUGUAUACUAAACCAACCGAGAAGAGGAUCAUUGCCUGUUUUGCUAUCUUCGUCGCUCGGGCAUUAGGACACUGGAAGACGGAAUGGUAGAAGGAUGCAAUGCAGCCAGCUAUUGGGCGAUACCUAAUCCUAGGGGGAACCUACAACGUUGUCCUGUGUUUCCACGAUUCCGCAAACCUCCUCCUAACACCAUCCCUCACCUCCACCGAUGUUCAGUGUCUAUGUAGCGUUAGGAGCAGCAGAACAGGCAUGGACAUGGGCUGCAUUGAUACUACCAGAACCGGAACACAGAAAGCAGAGCGUGAAUGUCGCUCAAACAGAAAGAAAAACCAUACCGCGCUACAUUGCUAAAAAGAAAAGAAGGAGCAGAAGGAUCGGAAACAAGAUUGGAACCAAUCGAGCGAGAAUGAAGUAUAGGAAAAGAGGAUGUGAUAAGAUGAGAAUGAAUGAAAGGAAUGAAAAAAGUGUGUGAAUGUGUGAGAGGCAAAAGGGUGAUUCGUUAAUGUUUAUCAUAGAAAGCUCUCCUCCUCCACUCUACCGGAGUCUGGCGGGGGUCGGGCACCUGUACAUUAAGUUUCUCUAAGAUUCUAUCGUACCAGUUAUGUUCCGAUGCACACAAUAGGAGUUUAUUAUAAAUUUGUUGAAACAAUUAUAAGAAAGAUUUAAGCGAUAUAGUCGAUAAAGAUAUGCGCUGCGCUGGUAAGUGCAGCACAAACAGCUCUCUCUCUCUCUCUCUCCCUAUCCCCAUCUCUAUGCAUUGUUAACUAAGUUUAGAAUUCUUUAUCUCGAUCGUUUGCUGCAACGCAGACCGGCCAGUGGUAGCAUACCGGUACACCACAAUGCUACCGAGAGCAGAACAAUAACACAAAUCUUUAUCCCCACGGAAUGAGACGACAGGAAAUACGAGUAGAAUGAGUAAGCAGACAUGCGGCAGUGAAGCGCGAAACGUACCAAGGAAUUAAAGAAAAUGCGCAUCAAACUCCGCACCAGAUAGGGUAUCAUUUUGUGUAACAUUGGCUUAAGUGUUCUUAGUGCGUGCGUGAGAACGGUCCGCAGGUGCCGCAUGUGAAAAUCAAGUAAAUGCUUCCAGUGGAGAUGUGCACCAAGAGGGCAGCGCGAUCCAUAGAGUCCAACAGUUCAGUAUGCUUCAUCGGAUGUUUCUAAUUGAAAGAGUACCAUAGUAAAUCCUUUGCUUGAGUCUUAUCCUUAAAAGAAUGUUAUAGUGCGGUGCAAAUAGCAGACUAAAAGAUCGGCUAACGGCAAGUCUUUUAGAGCGAUAUUUCUAAAUUUUGAACACUAGAAUCUUUCUGGAAUUACAAACAAAAACUCCGACUCAAACCCUACUCCGAUUCGGUCAAGAAAUAGUAAUUUAGAUUAAUUUGCUGGAUAAUAUCUUUUCUCAACCAUGCAGGCUAUAUCAGUAGAAGCGCUUUGUGGAAGCAUUGAGUGAGACUACAAACAACUACUACACCACCACAAACCAACAAACUGCACAAUGGUCAGUUUGAGUUUCAGGGAGAACAGGAAUUUAAAAUCAUCUCCCGAUCACUUGCUAGAACGUUAGCGAAUGAAUGGCAACGCCACGAAUGCAAACCGCAAUGUACGCUUCGCAAUCAAAUCAUCUGCAGCACACGAUAAGGAUAGAAAGGAACAUGAAACAUGGCUAAGCAGCUAAGGGUAUACACCACACCAUGCAAAACAUGAACUCAUGAACGUCCAGACAGUAACACAUUUCCCGCAAAAACAUGAUCGCUACAUGAUAAUGAAAGAAAACCAGCAAACAGCAAACCAACCUACCAAUACCAAGGCCAUGGUGAAGCAGAAGCAAGCAAACCCGUAAAGUAAAAGUAAAGUGCAGCAGAAACGGAACUGAGAAAGUUGAAUGAAUAAAAGAAAAAUCCGCAGCAACAAGCAACCUUAACGUGUAGGCGCAAGUGGAAACAUCAAAUGAACUAAUAAAUGAAA